GAUAAAUGCCUGGAGUUUGUCCACGUUGCAAUCGCGAGGUUUUCUUCGCCGAAGAGAAAUUAGCACUUGGAAAAGUUUGGCACACGUUUUGCUUCUCUUGUCGUAAUUGUCGAAAAUUACUGAAUAAUUGUAACGUAGUGACACAUCUCGGUGAAUUAUUUUGCAAGAGUUGUUACGUUCGCCUAUCGACUGCAAAUCAUGAAAUCAAAGAGACACAGCAUUCACCAGCGAUUUUGACAGUUUCGACGGAGAGAUCGUUGAAUUGUCACUGUUCCGAUAGAGAAAGCUCGAUCGAUAACGUGUCGUUAAAUAGAGAUCAGUAUUAUCGAUCCGACAAGUGCAGACUUCGUGGCGGAGGUAGCGAAGCCGAGGAGACAAACGUUUGCCUUGGUAAGGAGAAAAGGCCCUUUUUAGAGAACGAGUGCACAGAUCUAAAUGUCGUCAAUUCGAUGACAACAAUUUGCGAUACACCACCGAGUCCUACCGCAGUAACCACUUGGUAUAGUCGGCAACAUUUAAAGUUCCACAGUACGUUGCCUUUGGAAUCGCAGAAGAAUAACACUGUCGCGAAAGAUUACCGAUUUAAGUCGCAGAAACAGGAAACAGAUCAGUUUGAGUCAAAGACUUCGUUCAGUAAUAAUGAAGUCAACAUUACAGAGGCUCAGUUAAGCACAGACAAAACUCAAGUGACAACCGUUAACCGGGAUAAUAAAAUUAACGAAUACGACCCGGUGUACGAAUUUAACGGCAGUAACCACUUCAUUAUUCCAUCAAGACGAAAAUUUGCGUAUCCGCCGGUACCACCGCCUCGCAUCCCGUUGCCAUCCCGACGACGAGUCUCGUUCCACGACGUCGUUUUCGGGGAAAUGCGCAAUGAUCAUCAGGAUUGUGUCACGAAAAUGCAGAAUGUUCAUCGUGGGCCCUGUUGCAAUAACGACGAUAGACAGGAGUGCAAUAACUCUUACAUUUGGCAAGCGGACGAUUCGGUUGAUAAAAACGACGGCGGAUACGAAAAUGUUAACGUAAAUCAUACCGAUAGUGGCAGAAUGCAUUUUGAAAGAAGCGCGUCGGACUGUGACGAAGAAGACACGCCAAGUAAACACAGUGGCAACGAAGGGAAUCGUGAGCAAGAUCGUUGCUGCGUCGAGGACAAUUCGGAAUCGCGCUCGUACAGGAUAACAAACGAGAAAGACGAUGCGUCGUCGAGGGAAGAUACGAUGAUGUACGGCCAUCAAAGUGGCCCGUAUUCGUCGAAUGAGCUUGAUGAAAAUGAACGAAUGCGGGGAGGAUGCGCUGGACAGUGCGGAUCUCGUCUCAGACCUUCGUGUGGAACAGCUAAAGUCGAAACUGCUUGUUUUUGUAAAAGGGAACCGGAACAGUGUCGUAACAUUGCGACGUCUUGUACAACUUGUUCAUCUAAUAUUCAACCAAUCAUCGAGAGACGCUGUUGCUGUUCGUCGUCGAUUGAACGGCCAGUUUGCAAGAAACCGAUCAUCAGGUGUCGUCAGUCGUGCGAGCCUCAAGGAGGUGGAUGUUGCGGAGGCGGAUGUCGCGGUGGUUGCGGAAAACCUGGACAAACGUGUUUACCUGCGAAACCUUGCGUGGUACCAUCUUGCCGACCGUGUUCACCAUGUUCUUCACCACGGUCGUGUCCUCCACAAGUAAUUUGUUAUUGCGGUCGAAAAUGUGGAAAUUGUUGUGGAAGUGGCGGUGGCACGUGUUGCUGCCGGUCGAAAAACCCAGGGUGUCGAGUAAGAACCAGAAGAUGUUGCAGUACCGACAGAGCAAAUCCCAUCGACCAAGGAUGUUGCCGACCGAAAACAGCUUGCGAAUGUUUCGGCGGAGGUCUUGAUUGUCAGCGCUGUGGACGAAAAGUGUAUCAGGCAGAAAUGCAGAUUGUGUCCGGUACGCCAUUUCAUAAUACUUGCUUCAGCUGCUAUUGCUGUAGGAAACCAUUGGAACCGUUAACGUAUCAGGAAAAUUGCGGGGAAAUUUAUUGUAAACAAUGUUACGUUCGAAAUUUCGGACCUCAAGGAUAUGGGUAUGGCGUGGGACCAGGUACAUUACAGACUCCUAUGUAAAGUUAUUGCACAAGAUUAAUAAAUCUUCUAUCAAAUUUAGCUUGUA